AAGUAAUUAGCAAAAAUGGAGACGACUUUGAAAUCUUUGAAAUCUUUUCACCCACAAAAGAUUGUUACUACCACAUUACGGCACCCUUCGCACUGUACAUCUUUUGUAUAGUAUAUAUAGUAUAUAUACAGUAUAACGAUAAGAACAUAGGUGGUCAAAUUUUGGUAUCAUAUUUUACUGUCCUUAAGAACGAAAAAAAGUCGUAUAAGCAUAGGUCUGGAAACACUAUUUUUCCGAGAUAUAGACCUUUCUCGCUUAUGGUGAAUUUUUUAAAAACGUUCGGUACUAUCAAAGAUAGUCUCCAAUAAUCUCAGGCCAUAUAUAUUGGUCAUCGAACGUAUUUAAAAAUGAUAUGUUUAUAAUGGAUAGAGAAACGAAACUUAGAGGAUAACUUCUUUGGGUGUCUAGAACGAGGUUUAACCGCAAUGUACAGAUCGAAGCCUACGAGAAAUCAAAUACGACAAGGAGCGAAUGUCAUAAUAUUCGGUACAUUGGUUUCGUAUUUUGUUUCAUUCCUGAAUAUGUCUACACGUCCAGUGAGAAACAUACAAAAUAUAAGUGAGGAGUGUUCGGACGGACGAAAUUCAAAGUCUGAAAGAGAGCAAAUUGAAGCAAAGUUCACGCACUUCCCACAAAGGAUCCUUCGCGCUUCGAGCGCACACAAAAACAGAGAAUGACGUCUUGCUAGCGAAUAUGCUGAUUGGUUAUUUUCUUGCGUAUUUCGGAACUCCCGUUUCGCACCUCGAUGGACCCUCGGUCGAGUAUAACAUGGUAUCGUCAGUCUCGUUCGAGUCAUUUACCGUUCAACUUCAAACCACGAGUCAGUCUGGUCGUUAGAAAUGAUUAGUUUAAUAUCGUCUGCGACUUCGAAUCGUUAACAUCUUCAAUUGAUUAACAUCAUCAAACGUGGAGUAAAGAUUUAUUGCAAUCACUUGGCAUUCGGAAAGAAAAUGUAUGAGAUGUAAAGUAUAAACAUUUGUAAAUCUCGUCUCGGCCGUUGGAGAAAAUUCGAAACCUUCUCGUCGUCCAAAGAAGUUCAACUUUUGGUGUCGUUGUUACUCUCCUUACUUGUGAAUAAAUUAUUCAAGAAUAAUUCGGUGGGUAACAUGUUACAACGUGGUAUCAUCGAUAUGGGACACACACGCAGAAAAGCUGCCGGCUGCCUACGCUUCCCCUUUUAAUGAAAGUGUACAGAUCAUCAAGUAGUGUGCCAAACUGUAAUCGCAAAAGUGGUUAAUUCUCAUGGCAGCACGGAAACUCGCAGCCCUCUUCACCGCAGUUCUGCAUCUUUGCCUAUGUCAGAUAACUCCAGAGCCAUUGCCAGAAUUUUUAGCUCCUUUGGAGAAUCACACAGUGAUCCAGGGCCGUGACGUCUUCUUCACUUGCGUUGUCAAUAAUUUACAUUCAUACAAGGUAGCUUGGAUGAAAUCCGAUUCUCGAGCAAUCUUGGCGAUACACACACAUUUAAUAGCGCAUAAUCCACGGCUCUCAGUUACACAUAAUGGGCACAACACGUGGAAGUUACAUGUGUCAAAUGUUCAAAAAAAUGAUUCCGGUGCUUAUAUGUGCCAAAUAAACACCGAACCUAUGCAAAGUCAGAACGGUUACAUGGAAGUGGUAAUACCACCGGAUAUAAUGGACGAUAAGUCUGCCGAGGGUAUGGUAACUCAUGAAGGUGGUGAAAUAAGGUUGAAAUGUGUUGCAACUGGUUCACCGCAGCCUACUGUUACAUGGAAACGAGAAGAUGGCCGGAACAUUAUUCUUCGCGAAGAUGGACAGAAACAAUCGCUAAAAACUUAUGUGGGUGAAACGCUAGAAUUGACUGGAGUUCUUCGACAGGAAAUGGGCACUUAUCUUUGCAUAGCCAGCAACAAUGUGCCCCCGACAGUCAGCAAACGUUACUCUGUACAAGUUCACUUUCCACCUGUUAUAAAAGUAACAAAUCAACUAGUAGCAGCACCGGUCGAGAGUGACGUUGUUCUUCAAUGCCAGGUAGAAGCUUCGCCACAAGCAUUAAAUACUUGGCACCAAAAUACUGGUGAGAAGCUGCUGCCCAGUGAAAAAUAUAAAAUGUCAGAAUACGCGUUGAACGAUUACUCUUGGCAGAUGAAUCUUACCGUCAAUUCUCUGGAAAAAAGGGACUUUGGAGAAUACGUUUGCUCGUCCGUAAACGCUCUUGGAAAAGCUGAUGGUAUCGUUCAUUUACAAGAACUACAUCUUGUUGCGAAAACAACUCCCAGUCCUUUUGUGAAAAUCACCGAUCAGAAACCAUCGAAAAAGAAACCUAUACUAAAAGGGAGAAAGAAGAACAGCAACAGCAACAGCAACGGCAGAAGAAUUCAUAUGGGCAACUUCGACGAUUUCGAUUCCUCUGGAAACGACGACGAUUUCAGUACUACGCAAAUCAUGGGUGGUAGCACACUUCAGGAAGGCCACAGAACAGAAAGGCCAUUGAUAUCACCAUCGCUACCCCCACCUUGGGUGAAUAUAAGCACAGCCAAUUGCAGGCAUCAUUUAGUAUCGAUCACGCUAUUCUUUCCGUUAUUCAUCUUAACUAUGAUAUUUGUUCCUUAAAAUAUACAUUCUUACGAAAAAAAAAGUUUAACAACGAAAUUCAUGCAGAUAAGAUUGGAAACGAUUCGGGAAUACUAUAGAGAAUAAUAAAUAUAUUUGAUUCGUUCUUCGUAGCACGAGACUAUGAAAACGUGCUUGUAUUAAAAUAAAAAAAAAAUGUGGUAUUGCUUUUUACAAUUGGUACAUGUGACGGAGAGAAAACAAUUUAUAUAAUAAGUAUAAAAUUUUAUUCGUGUUACGUGGCAACAAUAAUCCGACUUCGAACGAUAGUACAAUUUAUGUUUAUCCGUGCAUUAUAGCAAAAGAAACAUAAGAACUAAAUGAGUAAGUUCUAUGACAAAUUUUAUUAUUGAUUCUAAAGGAAAACUAAUAUCUUUAAUAUGACAAUUUUAUACUGAAAGGCACAAGGAUUGAAACAAUCACCUAGAAUUCUUUACUGAAAUUUUAAAAAUUUUCUUCUUAACAAUCCAAAAAAUAGCAAUGAUUAAUUUAAAAAGAAACUGUAAAUUAUUCGUGCUGUAUCUUAAUCUGGAAUACUGAUAAACAUUUCUAACGUACAUAAAACAUACAAAACAUUAUGUAAUGAAUAACGAAUAUAUAUAUAUAGUACGUAAACAUAUAAUGGGACAAGUUACGAAGUACGUGUGCAAUAAUUACAAGGAUGUUAUAAAUAUACUCCUUUUCUGCUAUAACAAUCCUUUUCCAGCCUUUAACCAUUUGCACAUUCUGUUCAAUAAAUAGCAUUUUUACAACGAAUCUAUUUAAUAUGAAGUUAUUUUUUUUUUUAAUUAUUUAUUGCUUUUCGUAUUUCUUAAAAUCACACCCCCGAAAAAAAGAACUGUAAUAUCGAGAUAUAAUCUUAAUAUUUGCUAUAUUUUGUCUCGCAGAUAAUAAUUUGUUACUAAUGCAAACGAUAUUUACAACAAUACUAGUCAAAUUUUUUCCAUCAAUUUUCUUUACAAUAAAUAGAACCCUUACUUAACAACUUUAAUGUCUUUCAUACAAACUUUUAAAUAAUUAUCCCUAUCCUCUAAUAUGUAAUAACAAUUACUUCUUAAUAUAUUAUACGGUUUUUUUCUCAUUACUCUUAUUUUAUGAUCCUCUUAUUCUACUGGAAUUAUUUUACAAGAGCAAAUAUGUUUAGUGUUAUGUAUUAGUUAUAUCAUUCUAGUUUUGUUCCGAAAAAUUUUACCAGCAUAUUGUACAAGCAAAAUUAAGACGAAAAUGUUAUGUAAGCGGGCGCUUAAAUUCUUUCUCAAAAGGUUAUAACAAAAAUACGAAACGAUAAUGGACUGGUGUUUCAUCGACACAGCAUAAGAACACGUUGCCGAUAUCUAUUUAACACGCUUGCACAAAGUCUAAUGUUCAUUUGCUAAGGUCAACUUAAUUUGGUCAACCAGUUAAAUAACAAUUACCCUAACGGAUAACUCCCACAUCACCAUAAAUCACGCCAAUGGAUUUUUACAUGUGCUCACUGUGAAUAGAAGGUUCAUGAAGUAGAAGUUAAUACGCGUCAGGAGUUAAUGCAAAGGAUUCGUGACGUAUUUGCUGCAAUUAAAGAAAAUGAAGAAAUAAUCGGUACUGUAAUAGAUUCUAUUUUCCGCAGAUGCAUUAAGAUGAUUCUUAAUAA